CCAGCGGUCUGACAAAGCUAAAGACACCGAGGUGCCCUGCCUGCCAGCGGUGGGAAGGUUCAACAGGAAGAAACGUACAUCUGUAUUUGUCCUGUCAAAGUAAUUAAGAUGAAAAGGGAGACAUGUUGAAACUUCGCAGGGCCUGUAAAAUGAACGACGGACCCUUGAGCUGAGGAUUAUUUUUAGACCUCGUCGUCAAACAACCCUGCUGGGGGCAAGGCUAGGUCAGUGUUGGUGUGGCCAGUAGAGGACCGGGAGGACACAUCUCAGGACCAUGGCUUCACCAUUUGUGCCUGUCCCGGUCCCGAUGGACAAACCCUUGUUGGGUGGUAAAAACAAGCCGAGACGGCCACAGCGAGCUGCGUCUCUUGGAAGCGUCUCGGGCAGCUUGGAGUCCUCGUCCUCUGUUGCCCGGGAGGAAUAUGACAGAAACUCUCAGCGUCAGUCCCGCUGCAAAGACCGAGCCGGACGCAGCCGGACGCCGCCCCUGCAGAGCUCUGUGGCACAGGCCAGGCUGAACGGGUCCCUGGAGACCUCGGUGGCGUACUCCACCUGCCCUCGGUCCAUAUCUGAUCCUGCUGGGAGCCAGCAGGUAGAGGAGAGGCCCAUCACCCCGACCGUGCUGGGAUACGAGGUCAUGGAGGAGAGAGCCAAGUUCACGGUUUAUAAGAUCCUGGUGAGGAAGACCCGCGAUGAAAGCUGGGUCGUGUUCAGGCGGUACACAGACUUCUCCAGACUCAACGACAAGCUGAAAGAAAUGUUUCCCGGCUUCCGGCUUUCUCUGCCCCCUAAGAGGUGGUUUAAAGACAACUAUGACAGCGACUUCUUAGAAGACCGACAGAUGGGCCUCCAGGCGUUUCUGCAAAACCUGGUUGCACACAAGGACAUCUCCAACUGCCUGACUGUGAGGGAGUUCCUGUGUCUCGAUGAUCCACCGGGGCCUUUUGAUAGUCUCGAGGAGAGCAGGGCAUUCUGCGAGACUCUGGAGGAAAGUAACUAUCGCCUCCAGAAGGAGCUGCUGGAGAAGCAGAAGGAGAUUGCCUUUUUAAAGAGGAAGCUGGAGGAGAGGGAGGAGGUCAUCAUCCUGCUGGAGAAACGUCUCGGUGGUGGGUGCGUGAGUCCGGAGUCGCCCUGCACUCUGUCAGCUCGGGGCAGUGAAAGCAGCGCCGACAUUGACGUGGAGUCGUCUGCAGCAGAGGCCGAUCAGGACCUGCCUGAUGACGCUGGGUAUGCUAACACAACACAACACGAAAUGUAA